AUGACAGCAAGUUUGUGUUUACUAUCUAUUUUAGCCAUACCACAGGAAAGUAGUAUAGCGUUGAUGAUUGUUGGACUUGUUGGUCGUUUGUGUAUUAGUGGAGUAUUUUCUGUAGUUAUUCUGCAUACAAGUGAAUUGUUCCCAACAUUAAACAGAAAUUCAGCAAUUGGGAGCAGUUCCACAAUGGCACAUGUUGGAUCCAUUGCAGCACCUUAUAUCGUAGAUUUAUUGGGUGCGUUGGCCUGGUUCAUUCCAACAACGAUAUGUGGAGCUUUUGCUCUGGCUUCCGGGUUUCUGGUGUUAUUACUUCCUGAGACGAAAGGGAAAGCUCUCUGCGAUACAUUAGAAGAAAUAGAUUCACCGGGCCAAGGAAAAGUUUCCGUAAAAAAUCUGUGUCAUUCAUCAUAG